AUGGCUUCGUCAAAUUUGGUGGGGGACGGAGUGGGCGACUCGGAUAUCAGUGCUGUGCAGACACGUUUGUCGAUCCGCCUCCACUUCGCGCUGUACGAAUAUGGUGUUCGUAGGAAGAGAAGCCAGCCCCACGUGGGCAGCGCAGUGCAAACAUUGACCAAGUCGACAAUGCUAAGGUACUUGGAUAUGCGUAUCUUUAACUCGGGGGGCAGUGCUGUCACCGUCGGUGAGGGUAAAAUAACCUGA